AUGUCGCGUAGCGUAGACGCUGUAGUGAGCACUUGGUCUACAUAUAUAGUUUCCUUCACCGAGGAUGGUAAAGAGAGCGUGAAGCGGAAGUGUAAGCGGAAGCGGGAGCGGGUGCGGCGGGAUGCCGGGCGGGCGACGGGGGCUUGUAGCCCCUCAGAACACCUUCCUCGAGAACAUCAUCCGCCGCUCCUCCUCACAGCUCGUACUGUGUUUCAUACAGCAGACAGCAGCUUCCUGCUGGCGAAUGCGCAAAUAGUCGAUUACCCCAUCGUGUAUUGUAACGAGACAUUCUGCAAAAUGAGCGGUUACAACCGCGCGGAAGUCAUGCAGAAAUCGUGCAGAUGUAGCUGGAUGUACGGCGAGCUGACAGAGAAAGAGGCGGUGGAACGCGUAGACAGAGCGCUCGAUCAUCAUCUCGCCGACCAGUUCGAAAUCUUACUCUACAAAAAGAAUCGCACGCCGCUGUGGUUAUUGGUACACGUUGCCCCAAUACGCAAUGAGCGCGAACUAGUGGUGCUAUUCUUGCUCACAUUUCGCGACAUUACGGCACUGAAACAACCCAUUGACGCUGAUGACCCUAAGGGAGGUCUAUCGAAGUUCGCAAAGCUCGCCAGAUCGGUGACGCGUUCGCGGUCGGUGCUGGUUUCAGCGCUGCCAGCUCUGAAGGAACCGGCGCGCCAGAGCCACCUCGCGCAUGUCAGUACCGCCGCCCCGCAUGUAAACACGCUCUUUCUGCACCUAGCACCGGCCCAUGGGUCCCGCCCGGACACACAUCGCUCGACUGGUCCAUUCGCACCGAACUUCUCAUUAACAUCAUCAGAUUUUCCUCCUUCUGUUUCUUGA